AUGGACAUUUUACCUGAAGGCAGAAUAACCGACAAAAUUGAUAUAGAAGAAUUAUCAUUGGAAUUUGAAGAUGUUAUCUCCCAAGAUCAUUGUUACGCUCGAUCAACGAGAUGUAUGGAGCAAGAACACUACAGAGACUACGCAGAAAAUAUGUUUCAUGCACCAUUAUUUCCUUUUAUAGAACUAUUUAAAAAAAGCAGCAAAGAAUACAAUUCUGAAGUAACUGUUGACACUACCCUUUCUUUUAAUGAAACUACAGUAGAAAAUACGAGUCAAGUGCAAAAAGUGAACAGAAGAAGGAACUGUGAUUUGUGCAUGUGCGUAGUCAUGGCUUCGCCCUCCACUUCAACGCGUAAAGCAGACAAUAUUUUUUUAAUUGGAAUAAGAGAAUUAGAACCCAUAUCUCAGUUGAACCAACUACCUUCUGUAAGGCAAGUUCUUCUCAGAUUUCAUUUUUUCCUAAACGAGAAAAAAUCCAUAAGGAAUGCUAGCCACUUAACCUUGGAAGAAGUGAUGUCAGUAUGGCAAAAGGCUGCGAUUCCUACCAGAUUAAAAAAACAUUGUAUUGAAAAAGUUGAGAAAAUACACAAUGAAUGGCUUAUGCUAAAGAAAAAUAAAGGAAGAAACUCCGAUGCCCAGAACAAAAGACAAAAUCUGUUUGUAGAGCAGCUCGAUCAGCUUUUUGAUAUUGCUCACAGUGAAGCCCUGGUUAUGUGUAAAGUAGAUGAGGACAGACAGUUUCUAAUAGAUCAAAGAACUGACAGAAAAAUGAUCAUAACAUCAGAAGACAAGGAAUAUAAAAAAAAACAGGAGAGAAUCCUUGAAAGAAAGUUAAAAGAACAAAAAAGACUUCAAAAAGCUCAAGAGGGAACCGCUUCGCCUCUGGUGACUCCGACUGCUUCCUGCCAAAGUUCAGAGGAUGAUUCAUCAGAUGAGUGUACUCCAGUAAAACACAGCUCAUCAGAAGAAGAGCUGUAUAAACCAUCAUCAUCAUCUUCGGCAUCCCAAAGAAACAAAAGAGAUUCACACACAGACUUGUCAUCUCCACCAAUCGCAAAGAGAAGUUUGUUUUCCACACAUGUUGUUAGUGCAUUGGAUCGCAACAAAGUUUCUGAUAGGGAAGCUUUAAGAUUAAUGGCUCCUAUCGCAGCAGCUCUCGGUCAUGAUCCCAAAUCUACCUCUUUUGAUAAUCCCGUCAUUGUACACUGGGAUGGAAAAAUUCUUCCUGAUAUUUUGGGAAGUGACAAGGUAGACCGUUUGCCUGUCAUAGUAUCUUGUCCUGCUGACAAUACAGAUAAAUUGCUUGGUGUACCAAAAUUAGUUGGUGGUACUGGUGAAAAUUCAGCUAAUGCUGUUUACAAAAAGCUUACUGAAUGGGGUUUGGGUAAAAAGGUAGUGGGUAUGUGUUUUGACACAACAUCUGUAAACACAGGGUUGAAAAAUGGAGCUUGUGUUCUGAUUGAACACCUAGUUGAAGGAGAAUUGUUAUGGCUAGCAUGCAGACACCAUGUUUUAGAGAUUGUACUCAGUAAAGUAUUUACUUUCUGUUUUGGUCCCUCCAGUUCACCUGAUAUACCUAUAUUCAAAAGAUUCAAAGCAGCAUGGCAAUAUAUCAGACAAGAUAGUUAUCAGUCUUUGGGAAACAUUCCUGGCAGUGAAGAUUUUAAACAAUCUGCAGUUGAUGUUCUCCAAGUUGCCUUAAAAGGCAAAAGUCAGCCUCGGGAUGACUAUAUGGAGUUGAUUGAGCUGGCUUUAAUUGCUUUAGGCCACACUCCAGCCAAAAUUCAUUGGAGAGCUCCUGGUGCGGUACACCACGCCCGUUGGAUGGCUAAGUUGUUAUAUGGCAUCAAAAUCUAUUUGUUUCGUGAUGACAGUGGUUUCGUGACAACGCAAAGGGAGAAAGCUCAGCUUGAACGCUUUGUGAAAUUUGGAGUUCUUGUCUACGUCAAGUACUGGGUAGAAGCUCCUUUAGCUUCAAAUGCUCCAUGGUCAGAUCUCUCACUGUGGAAUGAUAUGACAAAGUACCAUGAUAUUGAUCCUGAAGUAACUGAAAUUGUCAAAAAGGCUUUCAAAUCUCAUCUUUGGUAUCUUUCGGAUGAGUUGGUUGGUUUGAGUCUGUUCUCAAAAAAAGUAUCUGUUGAUGAUAAGGUGGAAAUCGUUGAAAAAAUGAAAUGUGAGCCUGCUGAACGGAAAGUGAGAGGCAAUUCAGCACUCCUAACUGAGAAAGCGCGUUUGGCUGAUUUUGCUUCAAAAAGAUCACUGCAGUUACUUGAGAAAUUGGAAAUCAAUACCAAUUUUUUCACCAAAACCCCAGAUGAAUGGACCGAUGACCAAGAGUAUAUCAAAGGUCAAAUCAUCAUCAGAAAUCUGAAAGUUGUUAAUGACUUGGCUGAAAGAGGAGUAAAGCUGUUUGAAGAGUUUAACAAGCUGUUAACAAAUGAUGAAGAUGAAAAGCAGGUGCUUCUCCAGGUCAUAGAAGCUAACAGAAAGAUGGUGCCUACAAAGACUACAAAACAAGCGAUCGUCGAUAGUUUGAAAAUAUCAACAAAGAUUGAUCGCCCACAGCAAAUUCUUUUCAUGAAUAUCAUUGCAUUGUUUUAUUGUACCUUUAUACUGUAA